GCCAGCUGCCUCCUCUUCCCUGUUCAGAGCCAUCCCGUGGCUUGGAGUUGGAUUUCAGGUUAACAGGCCACUAAAACACAAGAAGGGUCUUCAUGGAUCUACCUUACUACCACGGCCCUCUGACCAAGCAAGACUGUGAGAUCUUAUUGCUUAAGGAAGGAGUGGAUGGCAACUUUCUGCUAAGAGACAGCGAGUCUGUGCCAGGAGCCCUGUGCCUCUGUGUCUCGUUUAGAAAUCUUGUCUAUACAUACCGAAUCUUCAGAGAGAGACAUGGGUAUUACAAGAUUCAGACUUUGGAAGGUACUCCAAAACAGAUCUUUCCAAGCCUAAAGGAAUUGAUCUCCAAGUUUGAAAAGCCAAACCAAGGUCUGGCGGUUCACCUUUCAAAGCCAAUAAAGAGAAGCAGUCCCAGCUUAAGAAGGAGAAGACUGAAAGUUAAACUGGAUGAGAACAAUGAUGACAACUAUGUGAAUGUCUUACCUUAACGGUGAAGAUAAGAACUCUGGACAAAGCAAAUUAAAGAAGAGAUGGGGCAACAACUCUCACAGUUGGUAACUGCUUCACCUGCAAGCGGAGGUCUGGAAUGACAAAUUCUCGUGGCCAAUUCAGAGUCUCCCAGUCAGGGUAACUGAAGAUCUUCUGUCUAUUAGCCUCAGAGAAAUCACUCCUCAUAUCGCUGCCUUCAAGACGAACACUACAAGAAGGCUUAAAGCCCCUCUUCACUUCUUGGAAAGGGACACCUGACCCUAUUCUUCCUGACUCGUUAAAGGGACUACAUCACAGUUGACAUCCUCUUUCUGUCAGCUUCAUACAGAGGAAAGGGCACUUGGCAAUGAGUUCUGAACCCUGAGUUUCAGUCCAGUGACUGUGGCUUUGCAAAAAUCACAGUCUAUUUCUUCAUUAAUAAAAAGUAGUUGGGGUUAGGGGCAGGCGUUAUACACACUGGCCUAGUCUCUCUGUAGAACUUGGUUGUGUUCAGUGGAGUUAGAGAAUCCAGAAGUGCUGGAAAUGUGUACGGUAAGGGAUCAGGGUCUCAUUCUCCUCACACAGCCAACAUAUUCUCUGUACUUGCCUUACUUAGGGAUUUAUGUUUUCUUUUGUAUCAAAGUUAAACCUGUAAUGCAAUAUAAACAUGCUUACCGUAACCUAAAUUCCACAUGUAUAAUGGAGCCAUCUUAAGUUAGGAAAACCUGUGGUCAGAAUGGAGCCAUUUAAAAAAUUCCCUAACAGGUAUCAGAUCACAACUGUAGCCCCUUUCCAUGCUCUGUAUAGUGUUACAUGUGGGUAUUUUAAAGAUAUUCUCCUGGGCUGGGGAUGUGGCUCAAGCGGUAGCGUGCUCGCUUAGCAUGUAUGAGGCACCACAUAAAAAUAAAAAUAAAGAUACUGUGUCCACCUAAAACUAAAAAAUAAAUAUUUAAAAAAAAUACUUUAAAGAUAUUCUCCUAUGUGUGAUCCCAUUUCCCACCUAGGUUCUAAGCAUUAUCAAAGCAUGCUUGGGUCUCCCUUUUAUCCUCCACAGUGUGUAAAAAUAUUUGCUGAAAGAGUUGUGCCUUAUUCGUAGACAUUAUUGACUAAGAAGCAUAUUUCUGAAGAGAUGACUGAAUUGAUUUUAAGGCCUCUUGAAUUUUUCUACAAGUUCAAAAUGUUAGAACCUUGUUAGUUUGGAAUGUACCAGGUUCAAUGCCCAUCCUCAAACCACAGUGAUUUAAUUUCACCCUUGAACAUCCUUUCAAAGUCACUAAAAAGAGGAAUUCUAGAUUUUCAGAUGACAUGAGCAGCAGACAUGUGGCUGGAGUUCCCAAAUGUGAAUCAUUAUGUAUUGAGUUCCUGGGUCACAGCAAUCCAAGGCUAUGACCAAGUAUAGAAGUGAAAUGCAGCCAUGUUCAGAGGGAGCCAGUUUCUUCUGGUUGGUUCAGUAAAAGCCACCAGAAGCAAGCCUGCUUCCUGUGAUUCGGUUCUAGAACUUUGAUUCAUUCUUUAUGGUAUUAAGAAGCACGUUCCAGUUUCCAGCGACUACAGCAAUCCUUGGCAAAGAAAAUAUAUUCAAUGAAUAGUUCUCAAAUAAAUGAAUGAAUAAAUCAGUAUAUAAAGUGUGGCUACUUAUUCUGCAUAGUAGGUAUUUUCUUGAGCUUUAUACAUUUCAAAAUCCAGUAUAUUAAGACAACUUUCAAGAUCUUUAAAUUAUAACUCUCCUAGAAGCAAUUUCCUUUUGGUCAAGCACCCAUGCAUAGCAUCUUGCACAAUGCUUGGUGAGUUUCCAGUACAUUUCUCAAAUAAGCAAGCAACAUUUAAUAGCUGAUGUUAACAUUACACUGUGAAUUCCUGACAUUUUUUAGAAGAUCCUGAACGGAUCAUAGGAAGAACAACUCAAAAAUCUGGGUAUGUGGGACUGGAAGAGGAAAGCCAAAAUAUUAAUAUUUAUUUCAAGUGUUUGAAGUGCUGCUCUGAAAGAUGAUCCAGACUCACUGGAUACAAUGACAGGCCAAAGACUUGGACCAACGGUUGGGUGUAUAUAGGAGGGCAGUUUUAGCCAAAUAUAAAAACAUUGAACCCACUGGGUCUAUCCUACAACCUUACAGUCUGUCCAGUGUUUUGGUUCAAGUAGACAAUGAUAUAUUCCAAGGAUGUUGGAGAGUUGAUUCCUGUCCUGAAAAGAAAUUAGACUGCUGGAAUGCUAAGAAAUUAGACUUCUAAAUCAAGGACAAUUCUAUUCUAUUCUCUUCUUUAAUAACUAUAGUGGAAAUCUAUCUAUCUAUUUUUUAUUUUGGUAUGGAGAGUUGAGUUUAGCACAUACUUUAAUUGUUAAUUCACAAUUGCCAUUAGCCCAUACGACAACUUGCUUUUGUUUUAUUGCAGUUUUUUUUUCCUUCAUCCCUAAUUCCCAUUCCAAGAUCUCCUCCUCUGGAACCAACUCUAUAAUUCUAUAUAAGACUUUGGACAUGGAUUACCAUGGCAGACUAUAAAGUAUUGGCUAUGGACACAUACAUUUAGCAUUUAUGUACAUGGUAUGGUGCUAUUGCUCCAAAUCUGUUAUUCCUUUUUUUUUUUUAAAUGCAACACUGACCUGUUCCAUACUAUAGCUAUCUAAUUCAGUACUUCUAACUGAGACAUGAUACUCCUCAGUGUGCACUGGCCAUUACAAACAUGCUAUAACCACUUACAUGGGCCAUAAGUUUUGCUGUUUAAUGGAGUUGCAAAUUUUUACCAUAUAUAUUCUAUUAGAUUAAUUUACUU